GCAUCUUUGCCGCGUCUAAACGCUUAUGGUCCGCCGGAAUAAUAUACUGGUCACGACGCGUGACGCGGUAGGGUAAUGACCGGGGGUUAGCUUGGACAGCUCUGCCGAAGCCAGCCAGCCCCGCGACCAUCGAACAGCACUCGAGCAUCUCUCCCGACUCCAGCACGCCGCUCCGUCAGUUCACUCUGGCGCUGGUACACGGCCACAUCGCUUUCGCACACCAAUUCACUACACAAAUUUCAAGUAGCAUCCCCCAACGCCGCACAUAUCCAUUUGGCUAGGCAGCCGUAUCGUGGGGCCGUACAAGUACUUCGAAUACGACGCCGAUAUCGACAAGCACCGACGAACGCACAUCUAACAGCUACUCGAUCGGGCGGAAAAACAACUGUACAAAAUGGCAGCCUUCUUCGAACAGCUAUGGGAGUCCAUCUUCAUCGCGGGGCCGACGCCCACGCUCCUUAUCGCAACAAACGCCUCGUUCGCUGCGCUCCAGGUCCUUCUGUUCGUCAUGCUCAUCGCGACCUACAGCAUACACUUCGUCAUCCUCUCCCUUCUAUGCGGAGGUCUCUGGUGGUCGAUAAACUGGUUUGCGACGGAGCUCAAGGCUGCGCAGGCGAAGGAGGAGGAAGCAAAGCGUAUCCGAGAAGCUAGAAGGGGCGGAAAAGAGAAGGGAGGUGCAGGCGACGACGGAGAUGGCAUGGAUACAGGCGACGAUACAGAGGUGGAUACCGAGGUCGAACAGACGCAAUCGAUCAAGCCGAAGUCGAGCCAGCCUCGUGCGCCCCGCCCAGAGACACAGAGCACGGUGUUCGUUGAGAGACCCGGUGGAAGUGAGACGGAGAAUCCAAAACAGGCUGCUGCUUCUGUCGGUAGUGGAGGUCCUACUACGGCGAGUACUACGGGAGCGACGACGAGUCUGGCGGCACCGGUAGACGAAGCACUCAAGAGAAGGAAGGGCAUGGGCGAAUCAACAGGCGAUCUGUCGACCGAUAGCGAGUGGGACAAGCUAUCGGAGGACUCAGAGGACAAGUGAAGUCAAGCGCAUCUUGCUAGAUAGUUCUCGUUAUGUUUGGAUACUAGACGCGUUUAGAUUCUGUGGACCUGUACACCGAUGUCAUUACACGUGAACACGUGCGGCCGCCUCUGUUGCCCUGCAUAUCAGACAUGGCUACCAUCAAAUUGCCGUUGCUAGCCCACCAUGAUGUCUCUUGCAUCAUCAUU